GUCUUGAGGCAGAGUUAAAUGUUGCAUUUAGAGAUCUGACUGUAUACAGUAUAAGUGCUCCGAUGAGCAACAAAAUGACGAAAAAAAAGAUAGAAAAUAAUAAUGAAAAUAAUGAAAAAUAUGAAAAAUAUAAACGACAAAAAUUAAAUAACGAAAAUGAAGACGUUGAAAUCGAAAUCAUCGUUAAAUUAUAUAAAAAAAUUAACCAAUCAAGUAAUCCGGAAUUAUCAACUGUAGAUUGCAUAAAGUUGCCGCGAAAAAUUAAACUUGAUGAGGUUCGCAAGAAGCUUUCAACAAAUGAACAUGGUAAUGAUAGUGACUUCCACAUGGGAUCAAAUUGUCGUUUUUUACAUUUUAACAACGAUGAAGCGACGAUCAGGCUAGAUGACGAGAUUACUUAUAAGCUUUCGGCUAUCAUUGAAGAAAGAAUUGAAGAAAAAAACGACCAACUUUAUUUAAAACAUUAUUUAUAUAUUAAGCAUAAUGCUAAAUUCGAUUUAACAUUUCCGGCUGCUUAUUCAGGAUUGGUUUCUGCUUUUCUUUGUUUGUCAUAUAAAAAUUCCAAUCAAGGGCGUAUUUACCACACAGCGAAUACCAAACAUUCGUGUGAAUUGAUACAAAAAGGCGAAAUAACUAUUUCUGAUAUUGUAGCAAAAGACGAUUUCAUUAAUGAUGUUAAAAAGGCAUUAAACGAAACAAUACAGGAUAAUUUAGGCGAACUUCGCAAAGUAUUUGAAAAAUAUGGUCAUUUUUAUGCACGGCGUCUUAUUUUGGGAGGGAUCAUAAUGAGGAGCGAAAAAUAUAUAAAAAAUUCAGGUGAAACUUCUAAGAUCAAUAAUAUUAAUAUGCAAGCUGGAGUAGAAGAUAGCAAAAAUUCCGGUGAAACUUCUAAUGACAAUGAUAAGGAUACACAAGUUAAUUUUGUCCGUAAUAAUGAAAGUAUUAAUAGUUUCUGUGACUCCAUUAAAAAUAAUAGCGAAUCACAUCUUGGUGGAAGAAAUUUUCAAUCCAAUAAUAAAAACCCUUGGAGAGAAUCUCUUGAAGAUGAAACUACUUGGGAAAUAGUUGGAUAUGAUAAAAUUUUUUCAUUGUUUGAAUUGUUGGACGAAUCUUUGCAGAAAAAGGUUUUGGGCGUCUUGGGUCACCGGAUUUUAAAGGCAAAAAUUGAUGAAAGAAGCUUUGAUAUAGAAGAAUAUAAAACAAAUAAAAAACCAUACUGUGCAUUAGAGAAGAAUUAUAUGAAUGAAGAUAAAAAUCGUCCGGUAUUUGUUGUUCAUCACAUACAAGAAGAACAAGAAGAAAACUCUGUGUUUAAAUUUUUUAAGCCUAAAAAAGCCAAGAAAGUUAAAAUUAAGCUUUGUUGGAUUAUUGUCGGGCCGCCAACAAGUUUCGACUUUAGCAUUCAAUAUCCGCUAGUGCUCACAAGCGAAAAGCAAUCUGUUCUUGUAGAUAAAGAUAAUUACAUAAUAAAUAGCUGUAGCAAGUUAGGCACUUGCGUAUUAGAAACAACUAACAAUACUGCACAAAUUGAAUCAUGUUCUAAUAAUUCAGAUACGGGAAAGAUUACUCAUGACAUUAAUAGAUACAACCCGGGAGAAUCACCAUACGUCAUUGGCAAUUAUUUUACUUCUCAGGAGUCAGCACAGUUGUUCAUUUAUGAGAAUACCGAAAAAGGAAGAAAAAAAGUAACAAAUGAAACAGUUUUAAAACGAUUGGCCUUAUACAUUUGUGCUGUAGAUACGACUAAUCCCCACCAAAUAUGGGAAGAAAUGGAUAUUGAAUGGGAAAAAGGAAACAAUAUAUUAUAUAUGCAUAGCAAAGAAAAUUUUGAUCAAUUUAAAAAUAAUUUAAUCUUGAUGAAUCAGAAAUUCGAUUGUAUGGAUUGCACAACACAUGAACAUCAUGGAUUUGUUAAUAUCAAUUCCGAUAAAAUUAUUUGUGGGUCAUUGAAUUCGGAAUUGGAUUCAAAGGGAUCAGUUGUUUAUCUCUUAGUUCCUUCAAUAUAUCUCUAA